AUGGAUAACAAGCGCAGGUCGUCGGCCAUGAAUGGCGCGACGGAUGCUCAAGAGCCAAAUGCAAAGAAGCAGAAGCUCGCUGCAAAGUACAAUCUUAAGGAGCACGAGACUGUCGAGUCCACCACCGAGUAUGGCCAUUUCUUCCUCGAUCAGAUCCGCCGGACUGCGGACAAGAAUGGACGCAAAGUAUCCGGCUAUUUCGAGACGCUGCCGGAUAGGGAUAGUAAUCCCGACUAUUACAAGAAGACGAAAAUGCCCAUCUCCCUAACUAUGAUCGAGAAGAAACUCGACAGCGGCGAUUUCCCCACCCUUACAGAACUGGAAAGCUACUGCAAGCGCAUGGUUUCAAAUGCUAAGGAGUUCUACCCUCGCGGGAGUCAGCUCUUCGAAGAUGCAGAGAGAGUCCGGAAAGCUUUGAGUAACUUCAUGACCAAAUACAACCCUGCAUACGCGAGAGGUGGAUAUACGGCCGUCCCAACCCCCCUGCCUGUAGAGGGCGCUGCCAAUGACACAGAUGACGAUGAGAAUCACGCUCCCCAGCCUGCAAGUAGCCGGCGCAAGUCUCAAAUUGCCAUCAAGUCAUCCGAACAGGACGACCCUGAUGGAGAUGAGGAUGCAGAUGAGGACGAGGAAGAGGAUGGAGAGGAAGAUGACGCCGAGGGCGAAGAAGAUGAUGACGAAGGUAGCCAGACCUCCAAGCCCGCGACCAUUCUCAUCCGCCGCAGAGGUCCGGGUAGGCCGUCCAAGGGCGCGACGCCGCGCAAGGCAAAUACACGAAAUGUCACGCCCAGCCGCCAGGAUUGCGAGUACGAGGACGUCCCCUACAAGGGCCUCACUUUCCAGGCUGCCCAGGAGAAGAUCGUAGAGGAGAUGCUGCGCAAGAAAGACGAUGGUGGUCAAGAGCCUUACUUUGAGCCUUUUGUUAAACUUCCUCCUCGUAUCCUGAAAGACUACUACAGGAUUGUGAAAGAGCCAAUCUCUCUCAAGAAACUUCAGAAGACUGUAAAGGGUGUCAGGGGUCGCAACGAGGCAACGGGCACCAGCGAAUUCAAGAAUUGGGCCGCUUUCGAGGAGACUUCUAGCUUGCUCUGGAAGAACGCCUUCUUUUACAAUGAGGAGGGAAGUGAGAUUUACGAGUUGGCACAGGAGCUCGAGGAGUUCUUCAAGGAUGAGUUGAAGAAGGCUAAGGCGGUCGUUCAAGAGCCUGCGCAGCCAAAGAUCAAGCUCAAGGUCCAGCAACCGGCAUCCGAGCAACCUGCGACCUCCAAGAAGAUUACGAUUCACGUCGGUGGCAAGAGCGACUCGGGAGAGUCUCCUGCACCUCCAGCUUCCCAUUCGGCUGGUUCAUAUGUCGGCGACCAGACACCAAUCGCCAAUGGUGCCACGCGCCAGGGUGGGCUUCCAGCUAUUCCGGCUGGGAUGGACAGACUCCGCAGCGUCUCCGUCGCUUCCCCAAGUCCCUCCGUGGUCAACAACAUCAAACGAGAGGACGCCGCCCGCCCUUCCCCGGCAGGGACACCCGGUCACGCUGGUACGCCUUCUGCCUUUCCGCCACCUACUGGUGGUCAAGCUACGAGCCUAUCCAGCGCGAUUUUUCAGCCUAUCGGGGUUGCGCAGCCCCAGCCGCAGACGAAUGGUAUACCGCAUCAGCCGAAGCCUCUAUGGGACCAGGCAAGACGUGCCCCGGGCAAAGGAGCUGCAGAUGCACUUAUCACCAGCCUCAAAAUCCAGACGCACCCAAUGAUCAAUGCCGAGCGCCGUUUCGAGAUAACUCUUUUGCCUCUGGAAAAAGAGGCACAACAGUCCGUGACGGUCCACAUGCCGCCCGGUCAGUUGAGAGUCCAGAUCGUUCUGGUCGUUCCAUCGUCCUUGGAGAAAGAGGGACGUCAGUGGAAACUGUUCGUGUUGGUUAACCGUCAGAUCGCUCACCAGGCUCAUCCUGUUCCCGGACAGGUACUGCCCCUCGGCGCUAGAAUCUUUGAGGCUCAGCUUCAGGCUGGAGCUGUCAAUAACAUUGAAGUAUCCGUUGCGGCCGCUCUGCCUAAGGGUCAAAAGUUGCCUAGCGGUGCAGAUUUCGAGGUGGAGCAGAUGACGGUGCUUGCUCACGUGGCUAAGAACUAG